UUCCACCAUGCGUCGACUGUCGCCCUUGUUACGGCAGCCUUUGCUUUCUCGAAAACCUCCGGUCAGAGGACGGCUGACCCCUUGGCCAUCAGUGAGGGCGCAAUGGCUCUCAUCGACGUCGUCCCGGCUCUGUUCGUGCUCUGACCCGCAGCCCGGCCAGCCUCAGACUCAGUCUUCCACCCCAGCCGAUUAUCGCGCCCUGGGUACCUCCCAGGACCUUUUCACAACCUCGGUCUACAGUCCCGGAUCGCCUCUAUUCCUCCCCAAUGGCACCCAUAUCAUCAACAAACUCAUCACCUUUCUCCGCACGCAGUACCUCCAAUAUGGUUUUCGCGAAGUCCUGACCCCGACGAUCUACAAACGUUCCCUCUGGGAAGUCUCCGGCCAUUGGCAGAACUACAAAGAUGACAUGUACGAGGUGCGCGGUAGGGGAGCCACUGGAGAUACGGACGGAGAAGCGGGAGAGGAUGAAUCCUACGGCCUGAAGCCGAUGAACUGCCCCGGCCACUGCCUGCUAUUCAAAUCGCAGACGCAUUCUUAUCGGGAACUGCCCAUCCGCUACGCCGAUUUCAGCCCGCUUCAUCGGAAUGAGGUUUCGGGCUCGUUAAGUGGGCUUACUCGUGUGCGCCGUUUCCACCAAGAUGAUGGGCACAUCUUCUGUCGGCCACAGCAGAUCAAGGGUGAAAUCGCAUCGGCCCUUGGAUUCGUAGACUUGGUCAUGACAACAUUCGGACUGGGGCCGUAUCGCUUAGUCCUUUCCACAAGGCCAGAGAAGGACUUUAUCGGUAGUUUGGAGUUGUGGAAUAGUGCCGAAGCCCAAUUGCGCGAGGCACUCGACAAUACGGGCAGGGAAUGGGCCAUGAAUGAAGGUGACGGAGCAUUCUACGGCCCCAAAAUCGACAUUCAGCUCCAAGACAAAGCCGGCAAAUACCACCAACUUUCCACCAUUCAGCUCGAUAUGAAUCUCCCUCAGCGAUUUGGGCUGGAGUACCAGGUCGCUGAAGGUGAGGAGGACUACAACCCGGAGACUCCAGGCAAGGCGACCCCGGUCAUGAUCCAUCGGGCAAACUUCGGCUCUUUGGAGCGAUUUUUGGCGCUGCUCAUUGAGGAAUACGCUGGUCGCUGGCCGUUCUGGCUUUCUCCACGCCAGGGCAUCGUCCUAACCGUGAACCAAGAUGAGGCCGUCGUACAACAGGCUCACGAAGCGGCUGCCAAGAUCUCUGGAUUCCGCGCCCUUCAGCCAGGCCAGAUGGGGACCGAUGCGCCCCAGCCUAUCUCCUCGGUUGACUCCACAUUCUUGAUCGAUGUGGACAGCAGUAGUCAAUCGCUGAACAAGAAGAUCCAACGUGCCAAGCAGAUGAAAUACAACCUCAUCUUCAUCCUGGGUCCCAAGGAUGUUGCUGCCUCUCGCAUCACGGUGGACGUGACAGGUCAGCUGCAGAGCAAGCCUGAGCGUGGGGUGCAGAAGCUGCAAGAUAUCCUGACCCAACGGUUGGGCGAGAAGGCGUUGAAGAACCCUCGGGCCAUUCCCCUUCCCGUAGAUGACGUGCACGAACUGCUGGUGCAGCUGGAGAAGCAAUUUGUAUAAUACUAUAACGAUGACGUGUAGAUAUAAACCAUGUAUAAUAGAAACUAUUCAGUUUGCAC